AAAAACACUCUUUUUAUUUCAACAAAAGCUUAAUCAAUCGCCGGUAACAUGAAUAUUCCGGUGACUUUUCCCUCUGUUACCGUUUUUAGUAACUCUGUUUCCGACUAUCGCCGUCAUGUUUUCCGUGAAAAUCGUCGGCGUUAAGUAAACUUUGAGUCGUCUUCUUAGAUUUUUUUGUUCUUUCUCUCUUUCUUCUUCGUUUUUGUUAUGAUAAUGAUGAUCCACUGACUUAAGAAGAUCGUAUAGUUUAUAUCUUCUACUAAUACUUUACUAUCCUCAGAGCUUUUAGUAAGAUUUCGAUUUUUUCUUUUUGGAGUUUUGUUUUCUGGAGGAGAUCUCAAAUCUGGAGAAACUUUGAAUUUUCCGAUGAAGAUUCAGCCGAUAAACAACGAUUUUCCGGCGAACAGAGACUUACCACGAGCUGAAUCAUCAUCAUCAAGCAAACCAGUGCUAAAGUCUCGUCUCAAGCGUCUCUUAGAUCGACCAUUCACGAGAAGCUCAAACUCAGAAAAAUCACUAAUCGAUGGAACAGAGUUCGAGCAGAGCUUAGCGAAGAUGGUUCAAAGCUACAUGGAAGAAAACAACGAUAAGCAAACUAAAACUGGACGUAAUAAUCAUCGUUGUAAUUGCUUCAACGGGAACAACGAUAGCUCCGAUGACGAAUUCGAUUUCUUCGAUGGCUUUGUUGAUUCGUUUAACGACGCUUAUGACCAUUACAAGAGCUUGAUUCCAUGCGCGAGCGUCGUUGAAAAGAAUCUGUUAAACGAAGCGAUGAAGAUUACAGAGAAGAGCAAAUCAGUUAAACGUAAAGAUGAAUUGAGAAAGAUCGUUGUUGAUGAACUCUCAUCUCUUGGUUACGAUUCUUCCAUUUGUAAAUCGAAAUGGGAUAAAGAUAAAUCUCGCUCUAUACCGGCCGGUGAGUAUGAGUUCAUAGAUGUGAUUGUGAACGGAGAAAGGUUCUUAAUCGACGUUGAUUUUAGAUCGGAGUUCGAAAUCGCACGGCAGACGAUUGGUUACAAGGCGCUGCUUCAGUCUCUACCGUUGAUAUUCGUCGGGAAAUCUGAUCGGAUCCGUCAGAUCGUGUCGAUGGUUUCCGAAGCGGCGAAACAGAGCUUGAAGAAGAAAGGUAUGCAUUUCCCGCCAUGGAGAAAAGCUGAUUACAUGAGAGCUAAAUGGCUCUCUUCCUACACUCGAAUCUCCUCCGUCGGCGAGGAUCCGUCGCCGGUUAACUCUGACGCCACCGCCGUGGCUGAACCGGAGCUGCUGGUUUUCGAGGAGAAACUCUUGUCGCCGCCGCCGUUGAAAUCUUCUUCUUCUUUGAUUAUUACUUCUGUUGGUAGAGAUGAUGAUGAUGACGUGGCAGUACUGGUGAAGAGAGAGGCAAAAGGUGUCACGGGAUUAGCUUUACUGUUCAAAGAAAAGCCUUAGAAAAAAAAAAGAUAAAUUUUUUGAAUUUU